UGGAUGGAAUUUCGGUACUCUGUAAUAAAAAUGUAUAAUUUUAUAUUUUGUUUAUAAGUUAAUAAUAAAAAGUGUCCGUGGGGAGAGUUUUAGAGAGAGAACGGGAAUUGCAUUUACUAGUGUUAAUUAAAGUGUUUUUCUUCUGUUCAGUUAGAAUCUUCUCGAGUUAUUUCAGUUUUAUGUGGCGAUUAUCUAGCUCUAGGGCAAAAAGGAGCUGGUGGCAAAGUUUACUCUACAAGUCUUCCAUUCGUUAUGAACCGUUAUGCCUGAAAAACGAAGCAAACCAGCAACAAACUUUGUAAAAACAACGAUAACAAGUAGUGCAAAAUUUCAGUAAAAGCCGGCACUUUUAAAUUGCAAAUAAGAAUAUAAAUAGCGUGCAGAAAAGCGAUAACAAAAAGAAAGAUAAUAAAUAAAAAAGUAGAAGACACGAUAUAAGAUAAAAAAACUCCCAGUUUUUACUUAUACAGGGAAUGAAAUUUGGGUAAACACGGUUCAAGGAAAUGCUGUCACCUACCAGCGAAGGAAUGUUGUUAACGCCUACAAUCGAAGCAGGAGCUUCAACAAGUGCUCGGACAACCGUUGAAGCAACUGAUGGAAAGAUAAAUGGAGAUUCGAGUGAUAGCGCAGUCCAAAUGAAGAAACGUUUAGGUUUAUUGGAAGGUGUAGCUAUUAUUCUCGGUAUUAUAAUCGGUUCUGGCAUCUUCGUGUCACCAAAAGGAGUUAUACAAGAAGUCGAAGCGGUCGGCACUUCUCUUAUUAUUUGGGUAAUGUGCGGCCUUUUAUCGAUGAUUGGGGCUUUGUGUUACGCCGAGUUAGGUACAUCUAUACCCCAAUCGGGGGGUGAUUACGCUUACAUUUUAGAGGCAUUUGGACAUUUACCUGCUUUUCUCUUUCUUUGGGAUGCCAUGAUGAUAUUUGUACCUACGACAAACGCUAUAAUGGGUUUGACAUUUGCGUCGUAUGUACUACAACCGUUCUUUAGCGGCGAAUGCAAGAUACCUGAACUUGCAAAGCAACUUUUGGCCGCCGUUACGAUAUGCUUUUUAACAUAUUUGAAUUCCUACUACAUGAAGGUUACUACAAAAAUGCAGAAUAUUAUAAUGUUCACAAAAGUGGGAGCCUUACUGAUGAUCAUUGUUAUGGGUAUAAUAUGGAUGUUGUUGGGUAAUGUUGAUAACUUUUACAAACCUUUUGAUAAUACGGAAACUGAUCCUGGAAAAUUCGCAGUAGCAUUCUAUUCGGGUAUAUUUUCAUAUGCUGGCUGGAAUUAUUUAAAUUUUAUGACUGAAGAACUGCAAAAUCCUUAUAAAAAUUUACCCAGAGCUAUUUAUAUAUCACUGCCUUUGGUUACAAUUAUUUAUGUGCUGGCAAAUAUGUCGUAUUUAGCGGUAUUAAGUCAUAAAGAAAUGAUGGCUUCCGAUGCAAUAGCUGUGACGUUUGGCGACAAAGUAUUGGGUGUUUGGUCCGUUAUCAUUCCAAUUAUGGUUGCCAUUUCAUCAUUUGGGGGUCUCUCCGUACAUAUUAUGACAUCUUCUCGGAUGUGUUUCGUUGGAGCGCGCAACGGGCACAUGCCAGCUUUAUUGGCGCAUAUCAAUGUCAAAAGUUACACACCGCUGCCAUCCCUGUUUUUCCUGUGCAUUUUAUCAAUUGUAAUGCUGGUCUGUGGUGAUGUAUACGUCCUGAUUACUUACAGCAGCAUUGUGGAGUCGUUUUUUAUUAUGUUGUCUGUGUCGGCUAUAUUGUAUUUUCGCUACAAAAGACCAAAUAUGGAAAGACCGAUUAAGGUUUCCUUGUGGAUUCCCAUUGUUUUUAUUAUAAUAUGUGCCUUUUUGAUUAUUGUGCCCGUAUAUGUCGCCCCAUAUGAGGUAGGCAUGGGUAUAUUGAUCACAUUAGUGGGUAUUCCCUUUUAUUAUGUGGGAGUUGUAUGGAAGAAGAAGCCUCAAUGUCUACUUAAGUUUACAACCUCUGUUACUCUACUGUGCCAAAAGCUGUUAGUAUCAGCUAAAGAAGAAAAGGAUGAUUAAAGUAUCUGGUUUAUGUGAAUAGAGAGACCAAAGUAAAAAAGAGUUUAUGGUGACUUGUGCAAUAUUGUUUCAGUUUAUUGAUCAUUGCUUUUAUAUCCGUUAUCGGUUAUUAUUCUCUUUAAGCUUGAAUUCAAGUUUAGUGUGAAAGCAAAAAUAAUUUAUGUUCUUAGCUUAGGUGCCACUAAAGUUAUGUCGAAUGUUAUUAUCAUAUUUUUCCUUUAUACCGAAGUCAUAUAAUAUAUAUUUUUUAAAUUAAUUUCAUAUAAACAAUUAUAACUGUUAAAGACUAUUUUGAAAGCACUCUUUUUGUAGGCCAGUUUUUUUCCUAUGUAGCUAUAGUUUUUUAUGAGCCUUGCAGUUUACACAUUCUGCAGUAGCCAUGACAAUUUAAAAGUUGAAAUAUUUCAUUAUGAAAGAACAGUUAUUUUCAUAUCAAAAUUUAAUUAUUUAAUCAUCCAUUAAUCUACUCGCUUGAAACCAUUGUCGCGCAGUUAUUGCUUACAACUUU